UCAAAAAUUGAGGCUUUUAAUAAAAAAUUGCAAAGUUCAAAAUGUCUCAAACGAAGUGUGAAACGAAAAAGUGGGAAGAAAAGUAAUGAAUUAUUUUCAACAGGAAAAAGUACAGAUGCCCCUCUUGCACAGCAAAAUGCAUCAGAGACAAAGGAUAAAGAAACAGAAACAUAUCUCUCUGCUGAAGAUUUAAGUACAAAAUUGAAAGGCAUGUAUAACACAGCUUUGCUGUCUGAUGUUUCAAUUAUACAAUUAGCAAAAAGAAUAAUAAAAAGUGCAUCUUAUUUCUUUCAGGAGAAAAGCAUAAUAUCGUAUGAAGAAGACAUGUUGAAUUUUAUGAAAGCUAAUUUUUUCACCACCAUUCAAAAAAUUACUGAGAAAUACAAUGUGGAGCAGAUGGAGGAUUCAACUGCAAAAAUUAAAGAGUGUCAAAUGCAAAUUUUAUUAGCUCUUGAAAUGGAAAUGCUUAUACCAACAGUCGAUGGAUCAGAUUGUGCCUCUACUGUAACUUCUUUUCUUCGAGUCAUAUCAUUUUACAUUGGUGCUUCAGAGCUUAAUAUAUUUCUCUUUGAAACUAUUAAAGAAAAUUACAUGCAUAAUUUACCUCAUGUACUGGUUUUGAUUGGGGAUCAGUUGGAUAUUCCAAUAAUAAGAGAAGAUGAUUCUGAUGAAAGUGCUUCAUCAGAAGUUAUUAUCGACUCAGAGUUAUUCGGUUCGGUUGCUUCUACAACUGCAUCUGUUAAUUCAAUGUCAAGUACUUCUAGUCGGAAAGGAAUAAGUACUUUAAUCCGUCAUCGUAGUGAUAUAGCCGAUUCUAAAAAGAGUCGACAAAUCCUACUGCCUGGUACUUCUCCCAAAAAGAAGAAGAAGGUUAAAUCAAAGCAAGCCUCAAGUCAAAAGAAACCAGUUCGACAUUCGCCUCGACUAUCAUCGAAGAAACUAAAGCACCUCAGGGCUGAAAAGGAAAGAACAGCUAGAGCUUGUAGAAAUUUAUUUCCUGCAGGAAAGGUGUUGCAGACACCAAAGAAAAGCAAACCCUCUUCAAAUCAGGAUGUGAAACUGCGGGGCUCACCUCGAACUAAUCAACAAGGGAAAAGCUUCAUUGCUGAAACACCAGCUCAUAAACGACGUAGGUCUCUCAAAUCUUCCAGUUCAGAUCUUCAGUCUCCCAGAUCUUCUAAAAGCCAAAUAAAAUCAUCAUUGAAAAAAAAAAUAUCACAAGGGGACAACUCUGUGGCGGAGGAUUCUGCAAUUGACUUGGUAUCAAAAACGUCUCUUGUUGAAAUAAUUUCGCCAGAUCCAAAAGCUUUUAAGCUAGAAGAAAUCCCUGCGAGUACUUCAAAUAAAAGUUCAAACAGUCUCGAAUUAUUACAAACUCUACACAGAAGAAAAUCUGUUCCCACCAAAUAUGGAAUGGUGCCAUCCAAAGUUCUUGACUCGGGGGAUCAGAGCUUUGUUCAUUACACUCCUGAAAGCAAAAGAAGACUUUCUCUAAAACUCUUUUCCAAGGUUCUUACUAGUCCAACUGCACGAAUGGGCUUGAAAAGGUGUAGCAAGAGAUUAUUUGAUCAAAUGUCACCUCAAAAAGAAAGAGAGGCUAAAAAACUUAAACAGUGUGAUCAAGGCCACAGUUCAACACAUAAAUCUUAAUUAUAUUAAAAUUAAAGAGAAUUUCUUGUUAACCUAAAAGUGUG